AUGCCUUCAACACCCAUUCUCCUCCUAAAAACAAAAUCCUCCCCCAAUGAUGGCUACGAAGACUUCUUCUCCGCACAAAACUACACCCCAACCUUCAUCCCAGUCCUAGAACACCGCUUCCUUAAAAACAACCUCACCCAAGUCCGCGACCAAUUCAGCACCGGCGCAUUCAACAACAAUGGUUCAACCCCCCGAAAAUACGGCGGUCUAAUCUUCACCAGCCAGCGCGCAGUCGAAGGUUUCGCGCAGAUGAUCGAAGAUGAAAAAGAUGGUACAUACCCAAACCGCCAACACAUCAGACACCAACCCCAAUCCCAAACUAACGCAACCCAUUGGGCAAAUCUAGUAACCUUCAACAUCCAAACUUCCCCACCCUUAAUCCUCUACACUGUCGGCCCAGCAACGGCGCGAACCCUCACAACCCUCCGCGACAAACACCUCCCAGACGCCCUCAUCCACGGCGCAGAUACAGGAACCGGAGAGAACCUCGCGCAUUUCAUCCUCUCACACUAUGAUUCCCUCUACCCGACAGACAAACCAGCACUCUUAUUUCUUGUCGGUGAAGUGCGGAGGGAUAUCAUCCCGAAGACACUAAUGGAUAAAAGCUUACCGGUUGAGAAGCGGGUUGGAGUUGAGGAGCUCGUUGUGUACGAGACGGGUGUUAUGGAGUCUUUUGAAGGGGAUUUUGCGGAUGUGGUAGGUAGGUCGUCUGGGGAUGUUUGGGUGGUGGUUUUUUCGCCGACGGGGUGUGAGGCUAUGUUACGGGUUCUUGGGUUAGGGCCUUUUGCCGGAACUGGGACUGGUUCCGGAGCUGGAAAUGGAACUGGGAAGGUCUUUGUUGCUACUAUUGGACCGACGACGAGGGAUCAUCUGCGUGAGAAGUUUGGGUUUGAGGCGCAUGUUUGUGCGCCUAAGCCUAGUCCUGAGGGUGUGCUGGAGGGUAUUGAGAAGUUUAUGAGUGGAGUUUGA